AAAGCCAGUUCACCAUCUUCAUCCAGCUCUACAUCCACUAUGCGACGUGGAGAGACCUCUUCGACUGUGAGGAGCGACUUCUACCAAUGCAUGGCACAAUCUCCUUCGAUCGACCCAGUGCGCAACCUUGCUGCUAGGAUCAUAUCCGCCACCACAGCGGAGCCGUUCCAUAGCGCCCCUCCGGCUUUCGAUGAAUCUUCCGAGUAUCCCUUUCCCUCCACCAGCGGUGCGCCGAGCCGGGACUCUUUCGACGAACUCAAAGAGCAAUACAUCAACAACAACGAUUUCUUCAGUCAAACACGGGCAUGGAUGGAGACUGUUUGCAGCAAUCCCAUGUCACUCCUCAGUCACGUCAGUAUGGCCUGUGUCUAUCAAGACCUCGCCGAAGGAUUCCUGGCCGACACCGCACUCACGGUAUACGCUAAGACGAAGGUCCUCGGGAUGAUUACGGACCACCUCAAUGCCCAAACGGAUGACUUUACUGUCAUAAGCAUACUGCAUUUACUGGUCAGCGAGAUCAGUGGCCACGAUGAGGACGUUUUUGAUGUUCAUCAGGAUGGCUUGAUUCGAAUUGUGGAGCAGCGUGGGGGGAUCACAAGCCUAGGAUUGCAUGGCAGCAUUGCCACGUUCCUGAUUGUCGUUAUCCUCAGUUUUACUAUCCUUCGGGGACACGCUGAGCCUUCGAUGCUCCAUGGUUUCGUCCCGAGCCUGAGCCCGGCCUCAGCCGCCUUGCAUCGGCCCCGUCCUAUUUCACCUCUAUAUGCCCGACACGGAGACCUGUCAGUCUUAUAUGGCAGCUGCUCGGACGGAACCUAUGAGAUAAUUUGCGACAUGCGCGACCUCACACGGACCUUUCUCGCUCGAUGCAGCCACGCCGGGGACGCAUUCCCUUCUGCGAUGAGCUCCCAAGUCGCUUCUUAUGACGCACACAUGCAGCAAAUAUACACGCGACUUCUAUACCGACCGUCAGCCGACGACAGUAUAUCACCGGACUGGAUCUACGAGACUUGUCGGCUGGCAGCCUUGAUCUAUUGUCGCUCAAUCGUCCAAGGAGUGCCACUCUCAGAAUCAGCAAACGUCAUGCAUGCGCGCAGUUCCAGCGGGGAUAUUUCGGGGACUACAGUCAUCUCAGCUUUACACAUGGCAUUAGAGAGCACGGACCGGAGCGGAUUCUGGGGCAACUUGAGCGGAGUUCUGUUAUGGGUUUGCCUCGUCGGCGGUGCCGCAUCAUGGCCUGCCUCUCAACAGUCCUUAUAUGGAGAGACGCAAGAGGCUCAGGCAACUGCAGCCUGGGUGAGAAAGUGUUUCGCGUUAUACACGGUCAGGACAGCACUGUCUCAUGGCUUUGAGCAUGCCGCAGCCGUUGUCGAGACGCAGAGGACGAUGCUGCAGAUCCAGCAUCUGAUCAACUUGAGGAGGGGAAUUGCGUCGCAGUAG